UUAAUCGGGGUCCUUCAGAGGUAUCUUGAAUGCAUGUGGCGCGAUGUAGAGGAUGUGGAUACCGGAGGCUAAAAUAAUUUGACAGCCGAGAGCUGAAGACAACUUCAUCGCAGAGUGGAGUAAUUUUCAAACAAGCAUCAUGUUUCCUUCAGAAACAAGCUGCUGGUUUAUCCGCAAGGUCAUUUGGUGGAGAGCUGCUGCCAGCAUUGCCUGGUCUGUCCUGUUGUUGCCGCCCACCACGGCAGUUUUUGUGUUUCUCAGCAAGUUCAGUUUUCUUCACCCCAUUCAGACUAUUUCAGAAUGCCUGUCUCUGCUGAUGAGUUCCUGUUUGAUUUUCUCCUUCAUCCUGCUUGGUGGAGUGGUCAUCAUGGUUGGGUUCUUGAAUUUAGAGUACUAUACAGUUAUCCCGACUAUUGCCUGCUCUAAAAUUGCAUUGCUGGGUCAGCUGCUUCACCCUCGCCAGGUUGUCAACUCCCUUGCCCACUGCCUGAUGGGAGUGAUUGUAGGUUGGUGUUGUGCAGUCACUGUUGGUAACAGAUAUGAGACACUUGGGUGCCCGUGUAAAAAUAGCGAUGGUGUUCCUCAGAUGGGGCUCAAUGAGUACCACCUUGUCUUUUUGCUUGCUGGAGCAUUUGUUGGUUUCUCUCACAGCCUCCUGGGAGUUAUCCAUAACAUAAAUUAUGUUUCCUUCCAUGCUGUUCAGCAAUACAAAUAUCUCCACUUCAAAGGGUCCCUGCCGUUAGUGCUGAAGUGCAGCGCCAUUCAAGCAUUUUACUCUAUCAGGAACUUCACUGUUGCUUAUUUCUUUCUGGGUUAUAUCCCAAAAACAUGGAUCUGCAAAACUCUGAAUCUUCAUUUGGACAGCUCUGUCCAUCGUCUGGACAGCAUAACUGGAUUUGUGGACCUGUCCCUCCUCUACCACCUCUGGAUCAGCGCCACCUUCCUCCUCUUCACCUGGUACAUCACAUUGCUGCUCUUUAGGAUCUUUGUCACAGAGGUGUACAGUUUUCCUGUGCAACCAACUUUUACUGAAGAUUCUUACCAGUGUCUUCCCAGAGUUCUCAUUGACCAACAACCAAUGAUCUUGAAGUUCCUAGCCCUGCAGGACUUGGCUCUGCUGUCCAAACAUUCUCCAUCCAGACGCGGUGAAGUCUUCAGUCUCAGCCAACCAGGUGGGCAUGCUCAUAACUGGAACGCUGUCAGUAGAGCGUGUCUGACUCUGCUAGCUGAUCUGACGCAGAGACUUGUGGCUUAUCAUGAAACCGUAGCAACCAAUGGGAGGGCUAAAUCUCUGUCCAGUGGCAGUGAAAGGAAGAUUUCAUCUGACACAUCAUUUACCUCUGGUACAGAAGACCUGUUUAGCCCAAGACCAACUUUCCUAACCAAGACUCCUACUUCAGUUUUUGCCCGCUCUUUUGCCGGAGGUCCACACAGCCCUCUGACGGCACCGUUCACGCCCGACCUGGACAGCCCCUUUUCCUCACCCACCUUGCGGCGGCUCACUGGUCCGGUGGAUCAGUGCUCGCCGUGGCACGGCUCGGUGCAGAGCCCACACAUCAUGAGGCGGGUGCCCAAACUCUGGUCCACCUCCGCAGAGUCACAGGUCAGCAGCAGCCCACCACGCUCUCCAGCCUCGGUUCCCAGUCCCAAACAGGAAUCCACCAAACCAAGUUUUCUGGCCCAGUUCCUUCAAAACAGAAAAGAACAGGUUAAAAAUUUCAUGGCAAAGCGGGUGCUGAUAAUGUAUUUGUUUAACAAGCUUCCAGAAGCCUCUAGUCAGGCCCUCUUCGCCGACAGCCAGGCUCACAUCUGGGCGUUAGAAGCGCUGUCAUACCUGGUUCAGGCCUCCUUCACAGAGGACCAGUUUGGGGUUGUUCAGACUACAUUACCCAGCAUGCUCAGCUCCAUGCUGCACUUACAAGAGGCUGUGGAUCGACACUUUAAGCUGCCUCAUGCUUCCAGUAAGCCGGUCAGAUCCGCCAACAGCAUGGAGGACUUUACCUACAAAACACUGCGCUUUGCUCUUAGAGCCACGCUCAAGACUGCCAUUUACAGGAUAACCACCACCUUUGGAAGUCAUUUAAAUGCUGUCCAGAUGUCUGCAGAGCACCGAAAAAGACUGCAGCAGUUUCUGGAGUUUAAAGAGUAAGACUCUGCUCUGGUUUCUGCUGCUAAUGUUUGUCGUUGUGGGGAUUUUUGCUUGUUUGAACACAGACUUAAAAGAAGUCAGUGAAAGCCUGAUGGUGCAUCCUGGAGUAUUUUUUCAGCAAAACAUACAGACUGUAUUGGACAUUUGAUCCCGACUCCUACAUGCAGAAGCAAGCAAACUGUAAACGAUGGACUACAAAAACCUUUGUACACUCAGAUCCUUCAACAAAAGGAUUGUUUGUGAAGAAAAAAAAUGAUUGGUUUUGAAGCCCGUCUUUGCCAAAGUUCUUUCUGUGUUCAUCUUUCAGUAACCCGCUUUCUUUUUAGAGUGAGUGAAACUGCAAUGAUUGACAGAACCUGUUUUAAAAUUAAAUGUCUAGUUGUCUAAAACUUGUUUAGUUCUGAUUUUGGAGUUUCCUUCCAGUUUUUUUACAUCUUCUCAGUUAACACAGAUCAGAUCUCUGGGUUCAUACAUGUUUAAUGUGUGUGUGUUUAUCAGGAUUUUUGCUAGAUGAGGAUGUCCUGUUGGAUUACAGUCACAUUUGAUGCAGCUCUUUGAAUGAAUGUUUGUCACUGCUAUUAUGAGUUUGAUUUUCCACUCAGACUUGAAUAAAGAAAUGAAAAACUUAAGAUUUAUGAUGAAAUUAAUUUUGAAAUCUUAAAAUGAAAACAUACAGACUUUUCUCACUUGGAUCUAUGAUUCUAGGGUGAAACAAAUUUGAUGCUCACCCAUGUUAACCAGAUAUAUUUUAGAUGUAAAAACAGGCUAUUUCAAUCGAGAACUUUAACAUUGCUAAAGUUUUUUUCUCUCUCAAUUACUGGCAUCUUCAGAUCUUUAUAAAGCCUUCAGAAAAAAAUCCCAUGUAAACAUUUACUCCAAUUUCUCAAAAAUCUGUAAUUAGUGUCUUAUAACUUUUGUCAUCCAUAAUUUGUGCUGUCCAUAGAAUACAAAUAUUUGAUUCUCUCAGCCACACUUCAAAGUGGGAAAUACAGGAGAACAUGCCUUUCAAGUUAAAUCUUAAGAAAUUGUAAGAAAACAGGUGACAAAAAAUCUCACUGGAGGAAAAACUUCAAAUUUCUAACAUGAAAAGAACCUAAAUCUGAAUUUAUUUUAAGGUAUAUAUUUAUCAAUAUACAUCUGUACCAGUACUGAUCAUUUUCAUUCUAGAACCAGAGCAAUGACAUACCACUAAAUGACAACAUCAAGAGCAUCAUCUUUUUCUUUAUUGCACAAAUUGUACAUAUUUCCAAAUAAACCAGUAGAAUGCAAUAUUAGACAGUGGUGGGAAAAAUAGUUUAAUCAAAGCCUUUUCUUUUAUAUGUAUGCAAGAUGUCAAAAAAUAGCACGUGGGAAAAUCUGGAUAGAACUGUUUGAAGUUAUGGAACAAUUAUCUGAACAAGAAGAAUCAAAGUUGUAAUAUUUGUAAUGACAGCUGUCAAGAAACAGGGAAAGAAAAAUGAACACGUCAACAUUUUCUCCUGUGGAUUUUGAAAGUAUUUUGUCCUCAUACAGUAUAGAAUAUAAAUCUCUGCAUCAAUACCAAUCAAAUGUUUUGACUUUUUUUUCUCCUUUUUUUCUGAAGUCAAACAGCAUUUGCUAAAGUUUUUUUGUUUCCUUUUUUUCCUUUUUUUUAUUUUACAGUUCUAAUAUAUAUUUAUAUAUAUAUGUACAUAUAAAUUCAACUAACUACGGUUCUCAUAGAAAAUGAGAAAAGCUCAACUUUAUCGGUCUCAAAAAGCAACUGACUGGCAAGCAGACUGACCCAGCCGCUCCCUCCGUCCUCAUCUUUCAGCCAGUGUUAACAGCGCAGACAGGACUUAUGUGCUGAGUGCAUAACCAAAAGCCCUCCAACCUGGGUCAAGUGUUCGUCUCAAGAGUUCAGUUUAGACUUUCUUGCCAAAAGCUUGAGGGAUUCACUUUUAAUGCUCAAGCACGAUGCUUCAACACAAAACUUGCUCUUUACAGUCAUGGCAAGAAAGGAUACGGUGUGAAGGAACCAUUGAAAUAACUGCUACCUAGAUUAUUCCGUUCUUUCUUCACUCAUAGGCAGUGUUUACAUUUUGACUGGUCCAGGUUGGGUCUGGUGCUUUAAAAAAG